CAACUUUGGCCGGGCCAUGGGUUGGUGCGGCUGGGAGAUUGCAUGAGGUUACAUGAAAACAUUGAGUGAUUGCCUAUAAAUCUAAGUGAUGCCUGGGACAAUGCAGAAGCUUCUCAAGCUGUCAGUGAAGUUGGGUGCCUGCGGCGGCACUGUGUACUACACUGCCCGGGAGGGUGUGUGGGCAGACAGCAGUACGGCACAGCAUACUUACCUGAGGUUGACACAGCACCUGCCAGAUGUCCGCCAGUACAUACCCAGCGACCUGAAUCUGCCCGAAACGGCGGAGAUGCGGCGCAGUGCUUCCCUCUACUGGAACUGGGCGGUAAUUGGGCUUUCCAGCCUGGCCGCCAGGUCUCCGUACAUCCUGGCGGGAUUGGCUGUUUCCACAAAGGACAUGCUGUCGGACAUGCUAGUUGUCACACCUGAGCAAGUGAAGGAAAAGGGCGGCUCGUAGUCCCCUUGCGUGCCCGCGCUCUAGUUGCAAGUGUUAGUUGACGCGCUGAGUCGAGAGCAGGAGCGGGCGCGCGGGGCGCAGCGUCACCAGCCGCCGACACGCGCUCGCUGCCGGGGCGCGCGUGCUGAGGGUGACGUCGACACUGGGUGAUGUGCGGCGCGGCCCGGUCCGCGGACGGGUCGGUCUGAUUGUGAUCAAGUGUCCACCGGCUGUAAUAAAUGCACGGCGGCGAUUCUCGA